CAGUUAUCGAACUCAAUGACUGACCAUCUCUUCACUAACCCCACUACCUUGUGUGGGUGGUCAGCUUUACAAUGUGGUCACUUUAUCUGCAGGGAGUUGGCUUGGCCCUGGAGUGGUCUGAGUGCUGUGGAAAAGACCCCUACCCCUAUAUCUUCCACAUUAAUUAAUCCUUUCCACUCAAGUUUAAUAAAGUACAGAAUAAUAUCUCAGUCAUUAAUGACUCUGUAUCUUACUUUGCAGGUGUUCAGCAACCAAGAAGACGCUGCCGGAUUUAAGGGGAAGGUGAAGUUUGAUGACCCUGAUGUCGAGAGAGUUAGAAGGGGUCAUCAGAACGACGUGGAGAACAUCCCGCUGUUCCUGGUGGUUGCUUUCUUCUACAUUCUGACUGAACCGUCACAGUUCUUGGCAGUUAACCUCUUCCGUGCCUACACUGUGGCCAGGAUACUGCACACGUUCGUGUACACCAUUGUGGUUCUACCGCAACCCAGUAGAGGCUUGGCAUGGGGUGUGGGGUAUGUCAUCACAAUCUACAUGGCUCUCCAGGUGAUCAUCAGCUUCCUUUGAUAAGAACAUGUGGCACCGUUUGAACUCCGAAGCUGCUCACAUCAUCAUCAUCAGUUAUUUGUCAUCAGUAAUGUAAAUAUUGUUACUUUGUCUGCUAAUAUGAAAUUUGAUUUACCGUGAUGGUUUGAUUCCUAAGGUUGUUUUGUCUAACUGAGGUUGGUUUUGACUUUUUUGGUCCCUGCAGACAAAUGUAGGAAUAUGGUCUUGAAAUAGUUGUAUAGAUGUUUUUAUAUUCACCUUUACUGCUGUCUUCUGAGGUGAAGUGUUUAAUACCAUGUCCUGGGCAAAAAAUGGAGAAAACAGAUACUUUGGUGAAACUUUAUUGCUCACAUGAUAACAAGAGAAAAGCUGGAAUGGCUGAGUUUGUGAAGCGACAGGCUGCACAAUGGAGGGCUGGGGUGUCAUUAUGGUGGGGAAUAUUAUACACAUAAGUACUUGGAAAUUAAGUUAACAUAUCAGAAUUGCAUUUGUAAAGAAGUUGAGAGCACACAAUAUUUGGGCAGUACUUGCUGCCAUUCAGUUCAGAACAUUUUGCCUUCUUGCAUGCUGUCUAAGAAUGUAAACAGUAGAAUGUACAAAACUUUAAUUUUUCCUGUAGUUGUGUUGUGUGUGAAACUUGGCCACUCACAUUAGCGGAAGAACGUAGACUGGGAGUGUUUGAGAAGAGGGUCCUGGAGAGAACAUUAGGACUCAACAGGGGUGAA